GCAUGAGGGCUUUUUAAAAGCUGGCCUGUGGAACAGGCAGCACUCUACCUUGGUGACUGAAACAAUGGGAGCUGUGUGGGCCUUGCUUAUGUCGCUCCUGGCUGUAUGGCUUGCUAAAGGAUCUUGUUUGCCAGAUGGUGGGAAACAUAAAAACUGCCAUCAUGGGAUGGAGAUGAUGAAGACUGAUCUGUCUCCUAAUGAACUCUCUAUAAAGAAGACCCUAGCACUUCUCCAGUCGAUGGCGUCCACACUGAAGGCGAAUGCUAAAGAAGUACAACGGGAAACCAAUGAAGUUGAUGCUGAGGUAUCAAUUGGCCAAAUGAAACCUAAACAGCCCUUGAUGAGACCAAAAGGGCUCACAAAGGCCAGUGACAACGCGACCUCUCCAGGCGGCGCGCUCGGCGACAACGCGACCUCUCCAGGCGGCGCGCUCGGCGACAACGCGACCUCUCCAGGCGGCGCGCUCGGCGACAACGCGACCUCUCCAGGCGGAGCGCUCGGCGACAACGCGACCUCUCCAGGCGGAGCGCUCGGCGACAACGCGACCUCUCCAGGCGGAGCGCUCGGCGACAACGCGACCUCUCCAGGCGGAGCGCUCGGCGACAACGCGACCUCUCCAGGCGGAGCGCUCGGCGACAACGCGACCUCUCCAGGCGGAGCGCUCGGCGACAACGCGACCUCUCCAGGCGGAGCGCUCGGCGACAACGCGACCUCUCCAGGCGGAGCGCUCGGCGACAACGCGACCUCUCCAGGCGGAGCGCUCGGCGACAACGCGACCUCUCCAGGCGGAGCGCUCGGCGACAACGCGACCUCUCCAGGCGGAGCGCUCGGCGACAACGCGACCUCUCCAGGCGGAGCGCUCGGCGACAACGCGACCUCUCCAGGCGGAGCGCUCGGCGACAACGCGACCUCUCCAGGCGGAGCGCUCGGCGACAACGCGACCUCUCCAGGCGGAGCGCUCGGCGACAACGCGACCUCUCCAGGCGGAGCGCUCGGCGACAACGCGACCUCUCCAGGCGGAGCUGGCAGUGAUUUCUAACGGCGACACAGAACUUUUUAGGGGAGCAGUUCGUAAAUUCAGUCACCUGUGCAUGGUGCUGUGGUUCAAUCAGGCAGAGGAAAAGCUGGAAUCCCAAACUCCUUGGGUCCACAUCAGGGUCUCAAAAUCAAACUGAGUCCUGGCUUAAAGUAGCAGGCUUGAGGAACCAUGCAAGAGCUCAUCUCGUUUCUGCAUGUUGUCUCUGCUUUUAAAUAAAACUCUUUACUGAU